UAUGAUGUCAAUAUACGGCUCCAAGCAAGUAGUCCGAGAGGUGCCCGAUGAAUUGAAAGAACUGGUACAGAAAGUGUCCCGUGCAUUCUACUCUCACAAGGAAGACUCAAUUGUACUCGACUAUCUGCUGAGGAAUACGAUUAUGAAUGAGACACAGUUGCAUGAAGUGUUGAAACUUGACAGGAAGAUGUUGAGAAUUGUUCUGGCUAGACUGAAGACGGAACAUUUUCUCAAGGACCGGUUGAGAAUAGAGACAGGCCAGGAUGGGAAGUCGGUGAAGCAGCUCUACUACUACAUCAACUACAAGGCAUUCGUCAAUGUGGUCAAGUACAAACUGCACAUGAUGCAGAAGAGGAUUGAGGCGCAGGAGAGAGAUGACUCGUGCAAGGCAGUCUACAAGUGCAGUAAUGAGGCAUGCAGCAAGACGUACACCGAGUUCGACAUAGAUAAAUUGGCCGAUCUGUCCUCCAUUGACUUCGAAACAGGCGAAGCCCGACUGGUGUGCACUUUUUGUGGUCGAGAUGUGGGUGAGAUGGAAGCGAAGACUAACAAUGCGAGGGAUUUGCUCGCCAGCUUCAACACACAGAUGGAACCCAUAUACAGUAUCCUGCAGGAGAUUGAACAGUACACUCUGUCCCAGCAGAUUUUGGAGCCCAGAAUAGCAGGGGAGGAGGAUGAGGAGGGGAUGGGAAUGGGAGAGAAAGGGGGGCAGAACGGAAGUGCAGGAGGAGUGGGCAACAGGGUCAUCACAGUGGACUUGGGGGCAGAUGCGAAUGCUGAUGCUGAUAAAGGUCCGAAAGAGAUCCCGGCUUGGAUGACCAGUGCCAGCAUUGGAUCCAGCAUAUCUAAUAUUGACAAAUCCAGUGCAACAGAGUCCAAGUCGACAUCCCAGACAUCUACUGCGAAGAGUUCUCAAUCCGGAGGAGACCUAUUUAUUCAAAGACAGUCCAGAGCAGGUGCAGCAGGGAACACUGCAAUUAGUCAGUCGUCUUCAGUUCUGGAUGAAGAUCACAUUAAGAAGACACUAAUGCACCAUGAGAAUAAAACCAUGUCGCAUGUGAAUUUGUCAGCUGUGUCGACCAACAGACAGAAAGCAAACCAAAAUCAGGCUUUGAUCAACAACGUGGAUGUUGGCAAAACCGAGAGCAAGUCACGGGACAAUAGUGACUCAUCAGAAAGUGACUCAGACUCGAAUGGGGAUGGAGGAGAAGGGGGAAAGUCAAGCUCCAAAAUGGACCAGCGAGACAAAAACUGCCCAGACGACAAUGAAGAAAUGAUGAGUUCAGAUGACGAGGAUGAAAAUGACGCUGAGCCUGACUUUGUGACUGUAAAUGGAGUUCAGAUGCCCUUUGAUGAUGUGGCACAAGAUCAUAUCGCACAAAUGAGUGGAGAGGAAAGAGAAAAUUACAUGAAGAUAGGCCAGAAAAGGUUUGCGCCUUUAGUCGAUUGAAGCAGAAAGGACUGAAAGGAGCAUUUAAAACUGACUUGAUUUUGGAUGAUUUCUGUUCUUGUAUGCUAGCUUAAUUAAUAUUUUCCUUUUGUG